GCCACACAGUAUCUCGCAGCUCUUUCCUGCAGCAGAGGACUGAAGGCAGUCAGCUCACCUCUGCUCUCUAAGGUCUGGAAGCUGCCUGGGCCCCAAAUAUCUGAAGUCUGGUUUUGUGAAACUCCACCCGACUCUGGUUGUAUGACUGAAUGGGAUGCCCUUAAGUUUCGCCUCACCUAACAGAGAAAUUUUCAGGAGUCAGCUAACCACGGGAGAGAAAGGCAAAGCAACUCAAACUUGAAGAAAUGAAAUCCCCAAGGAGAACCACUUUGUGCUUCAUUUUUAUUGUGAUUUAUUCUUCCAAAGCUAUGCUGAACUUGAAUUUAGAAUCUACGGUUCAUCCUUUGAGUCUCCAUGAACACGAGCUAGCCAGUGAAGAGCCACUAAGGCAAAAGCGAGCAGUUGUUGCUAGCAGUCCUGCAGCUGAAGAGUACACUGUGGAUAUUGAGAUCAGUUUUGAAAAUGCAUCCUUCCUGGAGCCUAUCAAAGCCUACCUGAGCAGCCUUAGUUUUCCAAUUCCAGGAAACAGCAGUGCCCAAGCUGCUGACAUUUUGAGCAUAGAGGUGACAACAGUCUGCAGACCUGCUGGAAACGAAGUUUGGUGCUCCUGUGAGAGAGGCUACGGUUGGCCACAGGAACGGUGCCUCCAUAAUCUCACUUGUCAAAGGCAUGAGAGCUCCUACCCAGAACACCAUUGCAGUUGCCUUAAAGAACUGCCUCCGAAUGGACCUUUUUGCCAGCUCCAGGGAGCGGAUGUUACCCUGAGAAUGUCAGUCAGACUAAAUGUGGGCUUUCAAGAAGAUCUCAGGAACACAUCCUCUGCCUUGUACAGAUCCUACAAGACUGACUUGGAAACAGCCUUCUGGAAGGGUUACAGAAUUUUACCAGGCUUCAAAUUGGUGACUGUGACAGGGUUCAGGCCAGGAAGUGUGGUUGUACAGUAUGAAGUCACAACAACAACAGUAUCACCUGAAUUAAUACAUAAAGCCAACGAGCAAGUCGUGCAGAACCUCAAUCAGACCUACAAAAUGGACUAUAAUUCCUUCCAAGCAGUCACCAGUAAUGAAACGAAGUUCACUGUCACACCAGAAAUCAUCGUUGAAGGGGAUACAGUAAUUCUGAUGUGUGAAACUGAUGUUAUGUCCUCCAACGUGUCUUGGCACCACGUAGAAAGGCGCUUCGACAUCCAGAACAGCAGUAGAUUCUCAGUUUACACCACCGUGCUCAACAACAUGACCUCAGUAUCUCGCCUCACCAUUUACAACAUCUCGGGGGGUGAUGCUGGUGAAUAUGUUUGCAAACUGGUAUUGGAUAUUUUUGAAUUUGAGUCCAGAAAAAAAAUACAUGUUGCACCUAUUCGAAUUUUGGCAAGUGAAGAGAUGAAGGUGAUGUGUGACAAUAAUCCUGCAUCUUUGAACUGCUGCAGUGAAAAUAAAGCUAAUUGGAGCAAAGUGGAAUGGAAGCAGGAAGGGCAAAUAAGCAUUCCAGGAGAUUCUGAAACAGACCUAGAAUCUAGCUGUAGCAGGUACACCCUCAAGGCUGAUGGGACCCAGUGCCCCAGUGGGUCCUCUGGAACAACGGUCAUUUACACGUGUGAGUUCAUCAGUGCCCACGGAGCCAGAGGCAGUAAGAACAUAGAAGUGACAUUCAUCUCUGUAGGAGAUAAUUCCAGCCACAAAGGGGAAGUGCACGAGUUCCUCAGGCAUGUGAUGGAAGUGAGUACAGUACAGAGCACCACCGGGAACAGCCUAGAAACAAGUAAAGCCCAGGAGCAGCAAGCCAACAUAACAAUAACCCCGGACCCAAUUUCUGUUUCUGAGGGACAAAGCUUUUCUAUAAAAUGCAUCAGUGAUGUGAGUAACUAUGAUGAGGUAUACUGGAACACUUCUGCUGGAAUUAAAAUAUAUCAAAAGUUUUAUGUCACGAGGAGGCAUCCCAAUGGCGCAGAGUCAAUACUGACAGUCAAGACCUCCACUAGGGAGUGGAAUGGAACCUACCACUGCAUAUUUAGAUAUAAGAAUUCAUACAGUGUCGCAACCAAAGAGGUCAUUGUUCACCCACUGCCUCUACAGCCACAUAUCAUGGUUGAUCCCCUGGUAGCCAGCAUCUCGUGCGAUGGUUCCCAUCACUUCAGGUGCUGCAUCGAGGAGGAUGAAGAUUACACAGUCACUUUCCAGACAGGUUCCUUGUCCUUUCCUACAGCAAAAGAAGUCAAUGGAAAGCAAGUGUGCUACAAACACAAUUUCAUGGCAAGCUCAGUUUCUCAGUGUCCAGAAAAUGUUGAUAUGUUUUGUCACUUUAUUAAUGCUGCUAACAAUUCAGUCCGGAGCAAAUCUAUCAAGCUGAAUCUGGUUCCUGGAAAGAGCAUCACAUGCCAAGAUCCCAUCCUAGGUGUUGGGGAACCUGGGAAAGUUAUCCAGAAACUAUGCCAGUUUGCAAAUAUUUCCAGAAGCCCUGGAAAUCCCGUUGGUGGGAUCAUCAUUUAUAAAUGUGUGGGGUCCCAGUGGAAGGUGGACAGGAAUGACUGCAUCUCUGCUCCAAUAAAUAGUCUGCUCCAGUUGGCCAAGACUUUGGUCAAAAGCCCUUCCCAGGAUGAGAAGCUGCCUACAUAUCUGAAGGAUCUUUCAACUAGCACAGUCAAGGUGAAACACGAAAUCAGCUUAUUUCCUGGGAGCCUGGGAGCCAUUAUUAACAUUCUUGAUUUGCUCUCAACAGUCCCAACCCAAGUGAAUUCAGAAAUGAUGACGCAUGUGCUUUCCACUGUUAAUGUCAUCCUCAGCAAGAAGAUCUUGAGCACCUGGGAGGUUUUACAACAUCAACAGACCAAGCAAAGUUCACAAUUACUGCAUUCAGUGGAAAGAUUUUCCCAGGCACUACAGUCAGGGGAUAACACUCCUUUGUCCCUCUCCCACCCAAAUGUGCAAAUGAGGAGCAUGGUGAUAAAAUCUGGCCACCCCAAGCCCUACCAGCAGAGAUUUAUUUUCCCAGACUCUGACCUCUGGGGCAAUGUGGUCAUUGACAAGUGCCAGCUGGAAAACUUGCAGCCUGAUUCAUCUAUUGUCACAGUGGCUUUCCCGACUCUCAAAGCCAUCCUUGCUCAGGAUGUCCAGAAAGAAGAUUUUGCCAACAGCUUGGUGAUGACAACCACCAUCAGUCACAAUAUAGCCACGCCAUUCAGGAUUUCAAUGAUUUUUAAGAACAACAACCCUGUGGGUGGGAAACCACAGUGUGUCUUCUGGAAUUUCAGCCUUUCCAAUAACACAGGAGGGUGGGACAGCAGUGGGUGCUAUGUCAAAGAAGUCAACAGGGACAGUGUUUUCUGCACCUGUGAUCACCUGACAUCAUUCUCCAUCCUCAUGUCCCCCGACUCCCCAGACCCUGGUUCUCUCCUGAAAAUUCUGCUGGAUAUCAUUUCUUACAUUGGAUUGGGAUUUUCCAUCUUGAGCCUGGCAGCCUGUCUAGUGGUGGAGGCAGUGGUAUGGAAAUCAGUCACCAAGAACCGGACUUCCUACAUGCGCCACAUCUGCAUCGUAAACAUCGCUGCCUCCCUUCUGGUUGCUGACACCUGGUUCAUUGUGGCCACUGCCAUCCAUGACUAUUACUACCCACUCAACAAGACAGCCUGUGUGGCUGCAACCUUCUUCAUCCACUUCUUCUACCUCAGUGUCUUCUUCUGGAUGCUGGUGCUGGGCCUCAUGCUCUUCUAUCGCCUGGUUUUCAUUCUGCAUGAUGCAAGCAAGUCCAUUCAGAAAGCCAUUGCCUUCUCUCUUGGCUAUGGCUGCCCCCUUGUCAUCUCAGUCAUCACGGUGGGGGCCACCCAGCCACAGGAAGUCUACAUGAGGAAGAAUGCCUGUUGGCUCAACUGGGACGACACCAAGGCCCUGCUUGCCUUUGUCAUCCCAGCACUGAUCAUUGUGGUGAUUAAUGUGACCAUCACAGUUGUGGUCAUCACCAAGAUCCUAAGGCCUUCCAUUGGAGACAAACCUUGCAAUCAAGAAAGGAGCAGCCUGUUUCAGAUCAGCAAGAGCAUUGGGGUCCUCACACCACUCUUGGGGCUCACGUGGGGUUUUGGUCUUGCCACUGUGUUCCAAGGGAGCAAUGCUGUGUUCCAUAUCAUAUUUACACUCCUCAAUGCCUUCCAGGGAUUAUUCAUUUUACUCUUUGGAUGCCUCUGGGAUCAGAAGGUUCAGGAAGCUUUGCUGAAUAAGUUUUCAUUGUCAAGAUGGUCUUCUCAGCAUUCAAAGUCAACAUCCCUAGGUUCAUCCACACCCGUGUUUUCUAUGAGCUCUCCAAUAUCAAGAAGAUUUAACAAUUUGUUUGGUAAAACAGGAACAUAUAAUGUUUCCACCCCAGAAACAACCAGCUCGUCCCUGGAAAACUCAUCCAGUGCAUAUUCGCUGCUCAACUAAGAACAGGAAAAUCCAAUCUGUGACCUCUUGAGAACAUGGAUAUGCUCUGAAAAACAGACCCUUCUGGAGCCAUGGGUAAAGUGUUCUCACACAGGCUUCUGGGAGCAGACACUGAAAAGACUUUCUCAUCAGAGAAGAGGCUUUCUUUUGUAAAGAUAGACUAAAAGUCAUUGUUAUCCUUAUUUCUACUCCCUCCCCCAGCCCCUUGUAUAGCCAAAUGUGUAUAGUAUUUAAGAAAACUCAAGUCCCCCAGGUCCAACAUCCCUGUCUAUAUUGUAAAAUAGCAUUUUGAAGAGACAUUUUCACUUUUCGCACAUGGGGCACAAAGAUAAAUUUUUAUUAAAAUAAUAAGUAAAGGACUAGUACCUAGGAAAUACUUCGAUGAAUUAUAGGAAGGGUGAGAGGGACAGAGGAAGAGGAGAGAAGGAAGAAGAAGAAAAAGAGAAAGAAAGAAAAAGAAUGAAGAAAAACAUUAAAGACAACAAAUUAAGAUUUCAGAUACCAAACAUUAAGAAUUUCUAAGUUGACCAAAAAUGGAAACUGAGAGUAAGCCAUUGAGAAUGAGUUUGAAUCUUCCUGAUAUUUUGUUAGUGAAGAAGGGGGAGAAAGGCAGGAAAUGCCAUCAUCAGGAUGCUUUCAAGUGGAUAAUAAUAUUUGCAAGAAUUGUAAAUAGGAGACUUGAUCCUCCUGACACUGUACAGGUGCAUAUGUUCUUGUGUAUGUCCAUGUUUGAGCUAAGUUGGAUGAACGAGCAGAGGAAGUUGAUAACCAUUCCUGAUUAGAACUGAACUGUGAUUAGUUGUUUUACAGUUUAUUAGAAAACCCUUAUAUUUUACUUUGUUCCACACUUUGAAAGCAAAAAGAUAUAUAUUUUUAUACCCAUUAAUUGACAACUCUGAUAUAUUGCACUGAAAACAGAUUCCAACUGUCUCAUAUGUAACAGCUUUAACCAGGUACUUCUCUGUGCAUUAUAGAAUAGAUUUUAAACAUCUCAGAGCACUGCGUAUUGUUGUUGUUGCUAUUACUUGUUAUUGUUGCUGUGACUAUAACAGUCCAUGGUGCGUGUAUAGCUUGCUGUACAUUAUCUCUUUCAGUCUUUAGGUUCCGAGACAAAUAUCCAUUUCGAGUGCUAUAGGGUCUAAUUUGUGUUUCAGCCACUUGGAAAGUUUCCAGAAAGAACCUUACAGCUGAUCAUUCUGUACUCCUAAUGACACUUUACCAUGAAGAACAAAUGGUAGAGAUUUUCCCCAAAAUUUGAUUGUUUGUGAAUUAUGUGUGUGGGUGUUUUGUUUGUGUAUGUGCACUUCAUAAAAAAUAUAGAUAUUUAUUAAAACAGCAUCCAUAGUGGAGUUCACCGCUGAGUAGAGUGCUAUAGAUACAGCAACCAUGCAGUCCCAAUCAAAGUCUGAUCCCAGAGGGAGAAUGAGACAGAGGUAAACUGUGGGGCCAUUCGGUAUAUGUGAGCUUUGUGCUUCACCUGAGGCCUGAGAACAUAAACGGUCCACCACUAGGAAGAUGGGGACAAAGGAGCCAAGAGUCAAUGAUUUGUUUAUUGAGGUCUGGAAGAGUUUCUUUUAUAAUAUUUUAACCUCUUAAAAUCACUUCCUUCCAUUGUAAAAUUUGGUUCUCCUUCUGCCUCACUCUUCUUCAUGGAGAGUGAGAGGCAUGAAGCAGAGGAGGCACAAACAGAACUCCUAACAGUGCUUUGUGUCAAACUUCUUAUUUCUGCUUUUGCAAAUGACAUAUGUGUUUGCUGGGGAAUUGCCACAGCCCUCUCUCAACUGACUAAGUCAUUAUUUAAAGUCACUAAAGGAAAUGAUCGGUAGGAUAUACAUGUGGACAAGGUUCUCCAAAGAGGUUCCAACUUUGGGAAGAGCUCAGAUAGACACACAUGUUAAGUUAGGGCAUCAGUUGAAUUAGAAUUAAAUACUCGAGAAAGAAUGGCUCUGACUUGUUUCUGGAAUUAUUAUAUCAAGGAGAAUCGAGGAAGGACAAUAGCACAAGGUGAACUGGACAAUCUUGACAUGAUCACUCAAGGAAAGUACCAUACCCAGGAGAAGCUUGUGGUUGUCAUGUUCAAAAACUCAAAGGUAGGAGCAGGUGCUGUGGUGCAGUGAGUGAAGCCGCUGCCUGCAGUGCCAGAAUCCCAUAGGCCCACCAGUUCAAGUCCCUGCUGCCCCACUUCUCAUGCAGCUCUCUGCUAUGGCAUAGGAAAGCAGCAGAAGAUGGCCCAAGUGCUUGGGUCCCUGCACUCAAUUGGGAGACCUGGAAGAAGCUCCAGGAUCCUGGCAAGUGACCCAGUGGAUGGAAGACUUCUCUCUCUCUCUCUCUCUCUCUCUCUCUCUGUCUCCCCCGACCCCAUGCCUCUGUAACUCCUCCUUUGAAAUAAAUAAAUAAAUAAAUAAAUCUCUUUUAAAAAACUGCAAAGGGACAAGAAACACUGACCUUCCACCCACUUCAGCAGAGAUCGCUAGGGAAUCAUUGUGUUUGGCCUUGUAAAGGGAACCUUGAUAAUGACAGGAACUGUCAGUCGCAUUCCACAGAAUGUCAGGCUGGCCCCAUGCCCAUAGUCAUUAACCAAGGCACGUUCUCUUACCUCCAACACGCACACACAUAAACUCAGGAGAGCUUGUCCUACCCCGUCAAGCUUUCACACAGCCCUUGAUGCAAAUUCCAGAAAAGCAAUGAAAACAGAAAAUUGGGGAAACAUGGGUUAAUUGUCUGCCCAACCACAGUUGUAGAAGAAAGUAGUUCAGGGAUCUACAAAGGACAGGAAAUCAAAAGGCUCAUGUGGCCCUGAGAUCACCAUUUCUUAACCAGCGGUGACUCCAGGGAUGUUGGUAGCCAGUCUCUGAGGGAGGGAGACACAGUGGCUCAGACAUUGCUGCAGGGUGGGCCUUGUGGUCUACUUGACUGGAAAGCUCUCAGGGUUCCCCAUGCUCCUGACCUCUCUCAAUGUCAUGGAUCACCGCUUUCUCCCAUUAAGAGACCUUUCAGAGAUGGCAAGAUUGGGGCACUCACAAAUGAGCAAUUAAUAGAAACAUCAGGAAUAUCCUCUGAGACCCCUGUAAGCCCCCGAUAACACAUCUUCCCCAUGGAUAAGUAAUUUCUUCCCAUUUCUCAUCAUUUAGAUCGGUAAAGAGGUAAAUAAGUGUUCACGGAUUAUUCAGAACGUAGCUGGAGAAGACCAAUCUUCUGUGGUUUGUGUAGAGAACGUCAGAGAGGACUGUGUUGCAAGACUUCGGGGAAAUAAGUGACAGGGAGAUGAGACAGACACAGCUGCUGGGGAGCGCAGAAGGGUGGUGUGUGGAGUUACUCUAGGUGAGUGGGGCAGAAAGGCACCAUCGUGGGAGAAUACAAAGGAAACAUUGCGGUCCUAGAAAUGCCCCUGAAGUGGAAUGAAUUUUAUCCAUGUCAUGUGGCUGUGAAGCCCAAGGGGUCCUCUAAUGCCAAGGAGAAAGCCAGCCAUCCAGACCUGCAAAAGUCUGGGUCUUGUAACGUCUGCAGUGAAAGAGGAGCUUGCCAUGGAGAUGUCUGUCUCACGCAUUUUUUAAAAGGUAAUGGAAAUAGCGGCUCAUCCUUUCCAAGAAGAUGCCAGCUUUGAAACUGGAUGCUUUGGGUUUUGACAAUUAGGACUCGGGAUCUUAAAUCAUGCCUUAAUAGUCUGCCAGCACACCCUUGUCUUCCCUUUCCAUGCUUGUAAUAAUAAAGUAUCUCAUGAGA